GUGACUGACCAUCAACGGAGAGUGAAGGAUUGCCUGGAUCAAUGGCGUCAGCCGGAGCUUACACCUUCCGGGACCGUACACCUGAAUUCCGAUCUCUAUUCGACACAUUGAAAAAAUUCGGUAGAACAACAUCAUCAGCUGCCGUUUCAGGUGGAUCACAUCACCAAACCGAUCCAUCUACAUCCUCUAAACUACUUCCAGCAUCUUCUUCUUCAUUUCAAUCCAAUUUCAAUAAGAAAGCUUCUCGUAUCGGAUUAGGUGUCCAUGAAACCCUAAAGAAAAUCUCCAGACUCGCUAAUCUGUCUAAGAAGUCUUCAAUUUUUGAUGAUCCAUUGAAGGAGAUUCAAGAACUGACAGCCUUGAUAAAGAAUGAUAUAACUGCUCUAAAUGUAGCUGUUUCUGAUUUGCAAACACUUCAAAACAUGGAGAUGGCUGAUGGUAAUUAUUCAGAAGAUAGAGUUGUCCAUUCUACUGCUGUUUGUGAUGAUUUAAAGAACAAACUCAUGGGAGCUACAAAAAAAUUCCAAGAUGUGUUAACAGCAAGGACUGAGAACAUUAAGGCUCAUGAAAAUAGGAGACAGAUAUUUUCUACGAAUAUAACAAGAGAAAAUCCGUUAAGGCAGCAGCAAACAAAGACCAUGAUGGAGCCACCUCCUUGGUCGAGUCCGUCUAAAUCAUCUGGAAAUCUACAACAAUCUGAAUCUUCUGGAAAUGGAGUACAAGUUGGCAACCAACUAAGACGAAGAUUAGCUCCUGAUGGCACGCCUUCCAGUUCCCAACAAAUGGGAGCAUCCAUGUUGCAGCAGGUUGUCCCACAACAAGAAAAUUUCACUCAAAAUCGUGCAGUUGCUCUCCAGAGUGUCGAGUCUACAAUUACCGAACUGAGUGGGAUAUUCACAAAUUUGGCUACAAUGGUUGCCCACCAGGGGGAGCUAGCUAUCAGGAUUGAUGACAACAUGGAAGAAACAUUGUCACAUGUUGAAGGUGCUCGUGGAGCUCUUUUGAAGCAUUUGAACCAGAUAUCAUCAAACAGGUGGCUCAUAAUCAAAAUAUUUUUUAUUUUGAUAAUAUUUCUCAUCAUAUUCCUAUUCUUCCUGGCAUAAUCAAUACGUUGUCAUUAUACCCGACCCAUAGUUAUAUUUUUGGGCUGCGCUAUGUUGCUAGGCAACCAUAUAAAAAGAUAGAAAUUUGUGAAUUAUAUUGCAAUUGAUUUGUCCAAAUUCCAUGGUUUAGUGAACAAUUAUACAUUUUAUAUUGGAGCAUGAAACGAACAUGAUAUAGUUUGUAUUUGACGAGCAUAAAUAACAUGACAGGUUGUUACUU